AUGAUAAUCAAUCACUAUAUUUUUGCCAACGAGAAAACUAACUUGCCACCUGGGAUUAGUAUUUGCACAACAGCCCCACCAGCACAAGAAUCGACUCGCAAAGAGUAUUUUCGCUACUCGACACCAUGCCCAAUCCUAGAUAACUUUAGGGGGAUGUUAUUAUUCGCUGCUACAACUCAAUGCCCAUACUGUCUAUGCAACCCCAAUGUCUUCUGUCCGUCUGAGUCACUCCAUCUUUGCAACUUAUUUCUCGUCUCCUCUGCAGUGGAGGUUGUCCAGUUAAGCUCCCAAACUUUCGGGUUGCUCUUGUUGGGGUUUGGCUGA